UGUCUCUUUUCCUGUAUACUGGAGAUGAGAUAUGAUCUGUUGGAAGAUGAUUUGUUCGAGCCAGCUCGGAUUAUUGGUGUUGUUGUUUUUAGUUUCAAUCGUCCAGUGCAGAAGUUUAAAAUGCUGUGAUGGGAAGCCUUGCUCGAACCGACCUCCAGUGGUACUGAUUCCAGGCGAUCUCGGGAACCAGCUGGAGGCUAAGCUGGAUAAACCCAAAGUUGUUAACUGCUUCUGCUGCAAGAAGACGAAAGAGUACUUUUCGCUGUGGCUGAACCCAUUGGAGUUGGUCUUCCCUUUUGCCCUUGAUUGCUGGAUUGAUAAUAUGAGGCUGAUUUACAAUCGCACCACUCACAGUACCGAAGCACCUCCAGGCGUGGACAUCCGGGUGCCCGGCUUCGGCAAGACUGUCAGCCUGGAGUAUCUCGAUCCGUGCCUACAUUUUGAAAAGUACUUUAUCACUAUAGUGCAAGCCUUGGUGAAGUGUGGUUACACCAGAGGCGAAGAUCUCCGAGGGGCCCCUUACGACUGGAGAAAGGCUCCCAAUGAGAACAAGGAGUACUUCCUGAACCUGCAGAUGAUGAUUGAGGAGAUGGCACAGAAGUACGGUGGCCCGGUGGUCCUCGUCGCUCACAGCAUGGGCAACAUGUACACACUUUACUUCCUCAACCAGCAGCCACAGGCCUGGAAGGACAAAUACAUCAAGGCGUUUGUGUGCCUGGGUCCCCCGUGGGCCGGCGUGGCCAAGACGCUGCGCGUUAUGGCCAGUGGUGAUAAUGAUGGCUUUAAAAUAAUUAACCCCCUUAAGAUCCGGGCCCAGCAGCGGACAGCUGUAUCCACAGCGUGGCUCUUACCGUACGCGCACACGUGGCCGAGCGACGUACCGCUCGUCUCCACACCCAGCGCCAACUAUACAGUAAACGACUAUGAGCGUUUCUUCAAAGACAUCGGUCACGAGGAGGGCUGGGCCAUGCGGCAGGACACGGAGCCACUAGUGCAGGCUCUGCAAGCCCCCGGCGUUCCUGUGCACUGUCUGUACGGGACAGGCCUCGAGACAGAGGAGGCGUACCGCUACACCACGUUUCCCGACGCAGAGCCCGAAGUGGUGAAGGGUGAAGGAGAUGGCACAGUGAACUUGCUGAGUGCCGUGCAGUGCAAACGCUGGAGCACUCAGCAGAAGCAGCCCGUACAUCUGGUGGAGCUGCAACAGAACGAACAUGUGGCCAUGCUGCGGAACUGCAAGACCGUCAAGUACAUUAAAGACGUGCUGUUCUCACCCUGAUGCAUGCAACACUUUUUUUUUCAGUUAGGAGAAAUGAUCAGUCGCACCUGAACGAAAGCCCUUAGUUCUUCUUUUAUAAAAACCGUCUGCCACUUUUGAGGUGAACUACUUCUGUUUUGAAAUGUUUUUUUUUCCCUAGGCACAGAUCGGCACUUUAAAGAGAAAAGAUUGGGGUCACUUUCCCAACUGAAAAAUGCCUCAGUUCUGCUUUUUAUACCAAAUUACAGGAGGAUAAACACUGUCGAAAUGGUGUGAAAAUGUCCAGUGGUAUUGUGAUUAGAUGUACUGUAUUUUGUAAAUUCGUUUUUGGCCGCAAUCACAAAAGGAGUGCAAUAUUAUAUUUGUGUCAGAUAUAAAUCAGUUGCUAUAUUUUAAAGGCUUGAUUUAUUUUGUUCAAUAUUUUCUCUAGAUCAGAUGCUAAAGACAGGACUGCUUUUACAGACAUAAAAAAAGCACAAGGAUGUUUUUUUCUAUUUAUCAGUUUAUAUCCAGAAAACACUGUACGAGGAAUGAUUUUAAAGCGGCACAUACUGUAAUGUUGUUGAACCUAGAUCUGACCUACUGAAGCAAUCCGAGAUCAUAACACUGCCUCCAGACUCUUGUACAGUGGACACUACUCAUGAUGUAGGCAUCGCUUCCUACCGUGACGCACACAUCACUCUGAAAUAGGGUCAAUCUGGACUCAUCAGACAACAUGACCUUUCUCCAUUGCUCCAAAAUCCAAUCUUUAUACUCUUUUACAAACUGAAGCCUUUUUCUGAUUAGUCUCACUAACAAGUAGUUGGCCACACUUUGGCUACUGAGAUGUUUAGUCACAAUCCUGUGGGUUCUCAUUACAUAGUGUGUGUAUGGAAAUGCCCUUAUUUUCAGUAUGGUUUUUACUGUUUACUUUUUUAUUAACAACAAAACUUUUAUCUUUUAACAGCAUUAAAGUGACAUUUCUUUUCCCCGACCACAUGUUAUCCACAGAGUUUCCAUCCACAUCCAGAAUUUAUGGCUAGGUAUCAUUAAAAAAAAAAUUUAAUACCUGUACGGAUACCAAUACCUUGACUUCCUGAGGGAUACUUUUUUGAUACCAACUUUAUAAGAUCUACUUUAAUAAAAAGUGUAAU